AUGGAAAUUAAUAAAAAUAACAUCGAAAAGAAAUUACGCGAUGCAUUCGAACCAACCUACUUAAACGUCGAGGAUUGCUCGAGUGGCUGUGGUUUGAAAUUUGAUACAAUAAUUGUAUCGCAAAAAUUCGAAGGUAAACAACUGCUGGCAAGACAAAGAUUAGUCAAUGACUUGCUGAAAGAUGAAAUGACAAAAAUUCAUGCAUUUACUCAAAAGACAUACACGCCUGACGAAUGGGAGAAGAAACAAGAGAAAGCAGCCACAAAUCCUGAUUGUCCAAUUAAAUCAACAAGUGCUUGUACCGGCAAUUGUGGAAAUUGCCCAAAAUAA